AUGGCUCAAGCACCGCCUACAUUCACCCCGGACAGCGAAUUCGCUGAGCUAGAAACAUCUCCAGGCGCUAAGAAUGGGGGUCUUUCGAUAAUGGCCAUGGCUCGGUUCGAGUUCGAGGCUGGCCGGGGUAACGAUGGCACUAAAAUUCUGAUGAUUGAGUGGGAGGACGACGAUCCCACCCGAUCUGCGACGGAGGGGUCGUGGCAUGUCUCAUGGACCGGCAAAACUGCCACAAUGCCCACUGACGAAAGACCGGGUGACAGCCUGCGCCGUUGCUACUUCUUGCUUCCGCCUAAUACUACCAUUCCUCCUGUUGUCACUCUGUCAUAUGAGCCCCAUUCCUUGACUGAAGAGUCGGCUGAUAACGCUGUGCCUGCCUCCACGAGGCCAGAAGACAUCUUCCAGCUUAAUCCUCUCCCUGCCAUUUUCCCUCCUGAAUUGGGCGCCACGGGACGGACAGCCGGCAAGAAGGGCGUCCUGCAUACUAUCUGGGCAAAGAAGCGCCUGCAGGUUCUUGAGAGUGAGAUCGAGCACGAAUCACGUAACAAUGUGGAAGGAAUCGCGCUGCUCAUGGCGAUUCAGGAGAAGGAAUGGAUUGAAUUGAACUUUGGAAUAGGAUCUCGUGCUGUCGACUCGGUUACCAGUGGCCAUGACUCUUCGAAUUCAUCCUCCAUGUAUCCAGCCACCCCGGUGUCGCCUGUCAGCGGCAGCAAGCUGAGUGACAAACUCAAGGGACUGAAGUUGCAGACCAGCGAGAGGGGGUUGACAGGAAGCGGUUCCCACGGAGCAUCGCUUCUUUCCCCGCAGUCGCCUGAUGUUGCUGUUUCCUCUUUCAGCUCAUUCCGCAAUGUCGCUAAUAGGCACAUACACUCUAUGCCAACGCCUCAUACUAAUCCCACCCCUACUCCAAGCUCUCAUAUUAACCCCUCGGGCCCUGAAUCGCUGAAACCCGUUGCACUCUUCCCGCCUGACUUCCUCCAGGAGACUCAACGGGCCAGCGAUCCCACUGGGUUCACAGCAAUGGGCGCAGCAAUGGGUCCAAUCUCGCACACUCAGAGCAACGAUUCCGGCGAGGAAUUGUUUGCCAAGGCUCUGAGCCCCCGCUCACCGGAUCUCCCUCGGAGCCCAUUCUCAUUCCGUUGA